AUGCCUAGAUGUUCUGAAUGCGGUAAAAAAGUCAGUAACGGUUAUUGCAAACCAUGUAACUCUGCUCAUUGGUGGGAUAACUUACAAAACUGGACGAGCGGUAACGCCAAUAUAGACGGAUUAAUCUGGGAUUCGCAACUUAAUGCUGAUGAGCGUUGGAAAACAUUGGAAUGGAUUGAGUAUUCAAAUCUCAAAAACAUAGAAUACAUCGCGGAAGGAGGGUUUGGAAUUAUUUACAAAGCAGUUUGGAUUGAUGGUCCAAUAAAAGAAGAAAGAAUACGUAAAAGACGAUACUUCUCUUGGAGUAGGUAUAAGAAUAUGGUUUCUUGUUGGAAUACGGAAAAAUCAGAAUGGAACCGACACAGCAAUUGGACGGUGGCAAUAAAAAAAUGUCGAAAAGCGACUAGUGCGAGUUUAGAAUUCUUGGAUGAGAUGAAGAAUAACUCGAAUCUCAACCUUAAUGAUUACGUAAAUCGAAUUUAUGGAGUAACGCGUGAUCCUUUAACAAAUGAAUAUGCUAUUGUCACAGCAUUCCAAAAUGGAGGUAGUUUGAGGAAAGUUAUUUCUGAAAACCAUAAUAAAUUAUCAUGGAAAAAAAUCAUUUUAAUGCUCAGUGAUAUUAGCCGUGGGUUAGCUGAAAUUCAUUCUCGAGGUUAUUGCCACAAGGAUUUUCACAGUGGUAAUAUCUUGAACAGCAUAUAUGGUAAUAUUUAUCCGAUGAUUGGUGAUUUCGGGUUAAGUCGUCCGAUGAAUGAAAGCGUGACAGACAAGGUGUACGGAGUCAUACCUUUUGUCGCACCAGAGGUUCUAAGUGGCAAAAAGUAUAGUAAAGCGGCGGAUAUUUAUGGAUUGGGAAUGAUAAUGUAUGAGAUUAUAUCGGUAGAACCACCUUUUGUUGAGAGAGACUAUGAUCAAGAUUUAGCACUAGUUAUUUGUAAAGGAGAACGGCCACUAAUUCCAGAAUAUGCACCUGAAUAUUACAUUGAUCUAAUGACCAAAUGUUGGGACCCUAUUCCCGCCAAUCGUUCAACGGCAGAUGAAUUGUGGAAUCAGUUUAAUGAUUGGGGUAAUAUGAAUCUGGACGGUUUGCAAAAUAUGGGGUUUACUUACGAAAGAGAAAGCCGAUGGAAAAAGCGGUUAACUGCGGUAAAAGAAAGUCCACGACCAAUAAAAAAAUCGCACAAUUCUUUCGCGAGCAAGCAUCUUGAUUAUUCCGAUUAUAUUUCUCACAAUAAUUCCCUCUAUCUAAAAGAAACAAAUAAUAUAACG